GGUCUGGCGUUACAUUUGCCUUUUACCAAAGUUGUACAUUCGGAGCCGAGCCCUCCAACGUGGCGAUCCCCCAGCCAACCCAAGAGCGGGGUAAAAAUACUGCAGUGGAUCUGAACGACUGGAUUUUUAGCUGAAUCGAUAACACAGAGGCUGCCAGUCGAAGAUUAGCGGUUUAAGAAAAAGAAAAAAAAAACUACUACAAGGCAACUCCCCCUGAAACGGGCUGCAAGAUGGAGAAGCCGCCGUUGCCCAAUGAUGAGGAUGGUAGUGUAUUGGCUGAGAGUCGAUCAGACACGGCUCUGGUGGCGGCAGAUGAAGAAGGGUCUGCGGGUGCUGAUGGGCCAGAGGACGACAGGCCAGCGUGGGACAGUAAGCUGCAGUAUGUGCUCGCUCAGGUGGGCUUUAGUGUUGGCCUGGGCAAUGUCUGGAGGUUCCCCUAUCUCUGCCACCAAAAUGGAGGAGGUGCCUUUAUGUUACUGUAUGUGUUGCUGUUGCUCAUUAUCGGGGUUCCUCUGUUCUUCAUGGAGCUGGCCGCUGGGCAGAGCAUCCGUCAGGGCAGCAUCGGGGUCUGGAAGCACAUCUCACCUCGCCUCGCCGGCAUCGGUUACUCUAGCUGCAUGGUUUGUUUCUUCGUUGCCCUGUACUAUAAUGUGAUCAUUGCCUGGUCUCUGUUCUAUAUGGGGAAUUCAUUCCAGUAUCCAUUGCCAUGGGAACAGUGUCCUGUAGAUAUGAUCUCAAACCAGACAGUGAAGGAAUGUGCGUCAAGCUCUCCUACCUCAUAUUUCUGGUUCAGAAAGGCUCUGGAUAUCUCAGACUCCAUAGAUCAGUCAGGAGAGUUUAACCCCAUCAUGACCGGUUGCCUGCUUGCAGCCUGGGCUUUAGUGUGUCUCGCAAUGAUCAAGGGCAUCAAGUCUUCUGCUAAGGUGAUGUAUUUCUCCUCUGUGUUCCCUUACGCUGUGUUGAUCUGUUUUCUAAUCAGAGGGGUCAUGUUGGACGGCGCUGUAGAGGGCAUCAAAUAUAUGUUUUAUCCUAAGCUGGAGAUUUGGGGGGAAGUGCAGGUGUGGCGUCAGGCUGCUACACAGGUGUUCUUCGCACUGGGUCUGGGUUAUGGCUCUGUGAUCGCUUACUCGUCCUACAAUCCUGUGCAUAACAACUGCCACCGGGACGCCAUCAUGGUCUCAGGCAUCAACUUCAUGACCUCAGUAUUGGCCUCUCUGGUUGUCUUUGUGGUCCUCGGUUUCAGAGCUAAGAACAUUGCUUUGGGUUGUGUUGCAGCUAAUGUGGCCAGGAUGGCAGGAAUGGCAACAACAGGUUCGUCGGAGCAUUGGUGGCCAUGGUUCAACAUUUCAGACCCCGAAUCAGUGACUCUUCAAGACUACAGAGAAUGGUACAGCCACUAUGGAAACCUGCUAGGGUCAAACAUCACUGACUGUGACCUGGAAAGAGAAAUGAGCAAGGGUGUGGAGGGCACGGGUUUGGCAUUCAUAGCAUUUACAGAGGCGAUGGCAUUGUUUCCAGCAAGUCCAUUUUGGUCGACUUUGUUCUUCCUCAUGCUGCUGAAUUUAGGCCUCUCCACCAUGUUUGGCACCAUGCAGGGGAUUCUUACCCCACUCAUGGACAACUUCCGAGUGCUCGGGCGCCACAAGACCAUGUUGACGGUGUGUAGCUGUAUCCUGGGCUUCUUCAUUGGCCUGCUGUUCACUCAGAGAAGUGGCAACUAUUUCGUGACCAUGUUUGAUGACUAUUCUGCCACACUGCCACUGAUCAUCGUUGUGGUUUUUGAAACCUUCAGCGUGGCGUGGAUUUACGGUGCUGAUCGUUUCUUGGAUGAUGUGGAGGUGAUGCUGCACUGGCGCCCUCCAGUGAUUUAUUGCUAUUUGUGGAAGUAUGUGUGUCUGCUCGGCAUGGUGGGACUGCUGGCUGCUAGUCUUCUCCGCAUGGUCUUCAAACGGCCCACUUACACAGCUUGGAACCACACCAUGGGAUCUGAAACUAGCCUCGAGUAUCCUGGAUGGGCUCUGGUCAUGCUCUCCAUGCUAAUCAUCGUAGCAUCUCUCCCCGUGCCCAUUGGCUACCUGCUCUCCUUCCUCAGAGGUGGGCGGAGCCUACCAGUGGAGGAGGGCGAGAUUGAGCCUCCAAGAGAACGAUACUCCAAAUGCAAUUCUGCUGAGCCAGAGCCGAAUAACCAUCACUCCCCACUGGACGAAGACAGGAAUCGGCCGCGCUCCACCUUCCUUCCACUGGGUGCUGAACACUACAGGCUGCUCCCGCAACAGGAAGAGGGAGAGGAAGAGGAAGACACUGGGCUGUAAGGAAAUGCAGGGACAAAAUUGAAUUCAACAGGUGUUUGAGCAGAAAACGAAAAGACUAUUUAUCGAUGAGUAUUGGAGUUUUUUUAAUGGAGUGGAGGGAGGCGGACUCCAUUUAUUCUCAUUAUGCUAAUGAACAUUCAUGAAACAUAUUAGUCAGUCAAAGCCCUAUUUGAGAGGGACGCUUUUUGCAAGUGCACCAAUCACUGAAUUGCUUUGUUCUUGAAUCCCUACAUGUACAUACUGUAGUGAUGUGCUCUAUACCAAAAGUGCCUCUUAAAGGGAUAGUUCACCCAAAAUGUUCAAAAUGAGGGCAGUCGUGGUCUAAUGGAUAGAGAGUCGAACUUGUAACCCGAAGGUCGUGGGUUCGAGUCUCAGGUC